GCAAAAAUUGACUUAAAAUGCAGUUGAAAAAGAUCGUCUAUUUUUUUCGCUUAAUGAAAAAGGCAUAUUUUUAAUGGCCCUGACGUGCAGAAAUGGAAGAUAUUUUCUAUACUUUGCAAAAUGUGAAUUUGAUUUUCUGGAUUUUUAAAACCUAAUUGGUUAAGCUUUCGAUUAAAAGUAAUUCCAAUUCUGUAUCAUCCAAUCAGAAGCCGUACAGGAUUCUAUUCUGAGUACCAUCUCGGGGUAAAAAACUUGCAGGUAAAAUAUAAACAAAUAACUGCGCUCUUGUAACCAAAAGUGCCUAUAACAACAUUUUUAAAAUAUGGAAGAACAUACAUUUUCAAGCAAAAAGUGUAUUAGACUUCUAAUAGCAUGAGCCGCGAAGAACCUCUAAAAAAGAUAAAGUCGGAUCCUUAGUUUUAGUAGGUCAAAGAUGAAUGUCGAUCUAGAGUUAAUCCUACAGAAAGCAACAUUACAGCCUGAAGAAGUACCUAUUUUUUGCCUGUGCAGUGAGAAGUCAUCGAACAAAGAAUGGACAAAAAUAUUCAUUAAAAAUUUAAAAAGGGAUGGAUUUUACAACAUAAAUUCAAACAUAGAUUUUCUACCGGGUCAGGAUUACAACAACACCUUACAAAACUGCCUCAGAUGUAUUUCAAAGCUUGUAAUAAUCCUGUCUCCCGUUUCAGAUGACCAAUUCACGAGUGUAGUGAAUACAGCUGUUAGCUUUAUUUUAAACAAAAACUUACAUGUUGAUAUGAUACCAGUUAUAACAUCAGAUGAAGUAGAUCUGCCAUUUUGUUUAAGUUCUGUGAUCCCUUUCCAGGCAUGGGAUGAUGACUGGUCUAAACUUCGUCUUGCACUUAGAAAAUCUGACCCUUCAGAUAAAGGCAAUGCAAGGUUAGAACUGUUCUGUCAGGUAUUUGGAAAAGUUUUACAUCUUCGAAUAAUUGAAAUGGAAGAAGAAUUGCGACAAAAAGACAAGAUUGCAAUGGAUGUUUUACGUGGAUGGGGGCUAGAUAUACACGAUGACAAAGUAAACUUUCAUAUAAACACUUUAUUGGGUAUUGGCAAUACACAACCGAUUUGUCUUUUGAAUCUGUAUAAUAGUCUAUUUCAUCAGAAACAGUUUAGAUUCAUAAGAAUUUGCGAUAUAAAAAGGUUUGACCUGGAAGGAUUACAAAUAAACAAACAACUAAAUUCAGAUCUGUUCGAAAUUUUUGAAAUUUUACGAAAAAAUGUUUGUAAACAGAGUUGGUAUCAUUAUAGACGGAAUGGAAUUAAACACAAUGAAUCAAGCGAGCUUUCAUUAAAUCCUUUUAAACAGAAUAACGCGAAAAAACGUGAAGAAGGUAGGGAAUCUAUAUGUUUUCCCAAGUUUAAAACUUUUCAAUCUCGUGUGGAUACAUUUGAAGACUUUCCAAUUCAGGUCAAGGAGUUUCGUAUCAAAUUAUCUAGAGCCGGAUUUUUUAACCUUCAUACUUCAGAUUAUGUCCAGUGUUUUAGUUGUGGCGGCUGCAUUAGAUCUUGGAAUUCUGAUGCAGAUCCAAUGGUUGCUCAUAAAAAAAUACUAUCAAAACUGCACUUUCAUUCUCAGUAAAAAUGUGGACGUGUCAAGCGGACAUUCGACAAAAAUCUGCAAUGAGGAUUUGAAGACUAUAGAAGGUAGAGUACAAUCUUUCAAACAGAUUUUAAACGCAGAAACAAGUUAUUGCAUCGAUGAUGACGUCAUCAAUCGUUUUACUGAAGCUGGUUUUUAUUACUGUGGAAUAGCAGAAGAUGUCAUAUGCCAUUCUUGUAACCUCGGUUUAGCAAACAUUCAAAACUGCUUACAACCUAUGAAACUCCAUCGGAAAUUAUCUCCCGAUUGUUCUUACUUGAGGAACUUCGUUGACAAUACUGUAGAUAGCGGAGCAGACGUCUCAUAUGAAAUAGAGCCUUAUUUGGAAAUUGAGAUUAGAAAACACGAAAACAUAUAAAACAGUUUACAACAACUGCUAGAGUAGCUUGCAAAACAAACGGCGAACAACACACUUGAUCUUCUCUUAUUACAAGUAUAUCAAACAUGAUCAAAAUAGUAAUAUCAGAUCAAAUCUACUUAUUAACAUAAUUAUAGUUAAUAUAAGUUGAACCCACACUAUUGUACAUCAGAAUGGAAUGGGGGUCAUUCGGAAGGCUUCUAGCAAUCAACUAGGUAGUUGUCAAUGUAAAUAGUAGGAAAAAAUAACAGGAAGCAAUGCAAACUUAAAUAAAAGGUUAUGUGGGAUAAAUGUCAAUUACAGUAACCGAACGACUUAAUAAAACGAUUUGAAAAAUAA